GGCAGACCUCAGCAAAAUCCCGUCUUCGGUUUUCGAUACCUGUACGCCGACCACCGGCGCCACAGAAACGGUGAGCGUGUGUCCUAGGACAGGACAAGAGUGGAUUGCUUUCGACUUUGUCUCAGCCGCGAGUUCAUUGUCCCUGACAGUCUCGGUAGAUCAGCAUCCAAUGUGGGUAUAUGCCGUGGACGGUCUUUAUGUCGUGCCCAUGUUAGUCGAGGCUAUCACCAUGGAGAAUGGCGAGAGAUACUCCGUUCUGUUGCAUCUUGAUCAAACUCCAGGCAACUAUUCUAUCCGUGCCGCAUCGGCGAUCCCUCAGGUCAUAACCACCAGUGCUGUGCUCCAGUAUGCAUGCCCAGGAGUUCAGAGCAACCCAGGACCGUCCGACCCAUACAUUACAGUCUCCGGUGCGAAUUCGACCAAAGACGUCAACUUCUUCAAUACUGUCGAGCAGCGCACCUUCCAAGCGCCUCCCAUCUCGCAACAGGUUAACGCAACAUACAUCCUGCACACUGGCAGCAUGAAUCGAGGCUGUCUAUGGUCCUUGAACCACACUUGUUAUGAUGCGAGCCUAGAGGACACAAGUCAAAUACCGCUCUUAGGCGGGCCAGCCUCUGCAGUUGAUUUUCCGGGACUCGUAAUGAAUUCAACAUUCGGAUCAUGGACCGACAUUAUCCUCUUGUCUACAGAUCUCGGCGCCCCCCACCACCCGAUUCACAAGCACAGCAACAAGGCUUACAUUAUCGGACAGGGCACCGGGCCUUUCAAUUUCACCACGGUGGCUGAAGCUGCUAGCGCAAUGCCGGAAGCUUUCAACUUGGUCAACCCGCCGCUCCGAGACAGCUUUGUUAUCCCGGCCGUUGGAUUUGAGCCAACCUGGCUAGCCAUCCGCUUCCAGAGUGUCAAUCCGGGACCGUCCUUCAUUCACUGCCACAUUGCGAGUCACCUUGGUGGCGGUAUGGCCAUGAUUUUCAUGGAUGGUACCGACAGGUGGCCGUCGGUACCAGACCAGUUCAUAAACUAUGAUGGGGGAUUGUGGGAUGCAUCAACCAUCGUUGCCUCAAGCAGCACUUCAAGGGCAGCCCCUACUACCCAACCAUCGUCGGGUGAUGACACGAAAUCUUCGGGGGUAGCCGGCAGAUCGACUAUCAGGGGAUGGUGGUAUCUCGCCUGUCUCACAUUUGUACCUUAUGGAUUGCUAUAGUGGAUGAUAG